UUUAUACGCCUUCCGAAAAUGUGUUGAUUGCCGGUAUGGACGUUUCAUCACCCAUCCAUUUCAUUCAUUCUUCAUUCAUUCAUCGUACGGAACGGACGGUCGUGCCCGUACGAAACAAACUGCACACAAUUAUCGUUUGUUGUUAUUAUUCCUUACAAAAUUGGAAGGCAAGUUAGGCGAAUUGGAUAAGUGUCAUAAAAUGCCAUUGUGUAGUACGUGAUUGCCGUUAGGUACAGCUAGAGAGUGAUGAAGUGCAUACAAAAAAAGGGUUUUUCGUAAUGAAAGUACAUAUUUACAUGCAUACAAUUCCAUCGUAUAGCCUACUAUGGUUAAAAUGGUGCGCAAUUUGAGUGAGGUUGUGGAGUAACCGUUAUGCUAGGAUCUAAUCGUGUAAAGUGUGUACAACUACUCAGUAUAAAAUAAAAAAGUGCAUCACUUAUUCCACUAAAAUCACCGUUAACAGAUUAUGAUAGAAUAAUCAAGCAAGUGACACACUCAGCAUCGUGCAAAACAAACCGUCGAACGGGUGCUGUUUUUGGGGUGGUGGCAUAGAUUCGAAUCCGUUAAGUAGCAGCAACAGCAGCAGGCUGCUUGCCUCGAUCGGUCGUAUUUGGUAUUUUGUGCGUAUGGCUUAACUUUGCCGUGUGAAUAAUGAUCAAUCACCUUCCCUCAUCGGGGAUAGUUCGGGUGUCGUUUUUUGCUCGUGCUAAUGAGAGUAAAUGAAAACUGCCAUUUGAGUGGAGGUUUUUUUGUUGUUGUCGUUGUUUACUAUACUAGUGUGUCCGUAUCGACGACGUUCGCGUAUACCUGUGCAUAGUGUGGUGUAGCUUAGUGCGCGCACUUGUGGAAUGCAACAACGGUGGGGAGUGAAACAUCAUAAUUGUGUAAUUUGUGCAUGGUAGCGGAAUCGUUCGUUCCUGCUCUUUCGCUCUGUCAAUUCCGGCAUUAAACAACUGGCUCGAACCCGUAAUGUUCCGCAUCUUAUUGUGUUAAAGCUUGUUCACUGUUGUGCCAAACUGCUUCGUGCGAUUGUAGCGAAAUGUCAUCAAUGUAGUAAUAGCGAUCUAACAUUUGGCCCCUUACGAUUAGACGCGAAUCCGAAUCAGAGCCAUAAAUCGGAAUGAAGGUUUCAAUAAGAAGAAAUUGCUUGACUGCGAAAUUGUAAGCCCCCCUCCCUUGCCACCGAGAAUGAAGAAACAGCUAGAAACAAGAAUUCAGGUGAUCAUUCACCAGAUGGAGAGCUGAUUACGUGCGCGGAUUGUACUAGGCCGGGGCCAUUGUCAUAUUCCGCGCUGGGAUCGAACGGGGUGGCAAGAUGAACGAAUCCGAUUCGCGGCCAGAACACCGACGAGACGGUCAAUUCUGUCGGCUGUGCUUCAACCAAACGGUCGAUCUGUGCCCGCUGUUUCCUUCGGCAACCAUUCCGAACAAAGCGCUACUUCAUAAGAUAUUCGACUGCACCACCAUAACGCUAAGUAUACGCGAUGAUCACGAUGCAAACAUAUGCGCCAACUGUAUCGUCAGUAUUGAGGCCUUCUUCAAGUACAAAUCGAAGUGUGUGGAAAAUGAUCGGUUGCUACGGAAGAAGCGUGUCAGUUUCUUUGCCGGUUUGGGUCUAGCGGCCGAUCCGGGUGAUCCGGUGACGAUCCUUUCGCACAGUAAACGGCGCCGUUUGUCACGGAACGGAGACAACGGUGAGCUACAGGCCAACGAAGAUGAAGAGCUUGCCGUGGACCGUAAACGACACCGAACUGCGGGACUGGUCGAAGAGGAAGAUGACGGUAGUAGCAGUGUGAAGAAACCGCAAAAUGGUACCGCUGCCGAUGAGGACGAGCACGAUGAGGCGGAUGAGGAAGCAAAUCUGAGUAAGCAGCAUCUUGCACCGUAUCAAAUAAAGCAGGAAGCUAUCGAUGCGGACGGUGACGAUGACCGCAAGCAGCACCAACAGCAGUACGAACCAGAUGACGACGAAGAAGAGUACUUCAAUCCGAACCAAUUCCUAGCGCAAGAGACUAAAAUAGACGAAGGAGCAGUGGGCGACGAGAUCGGCAACGAUGUCAGCUCCGACGGGGAAGGGUACGGGCCGAAUGGUUCCGAGGAUGGGCCGGCAACCACUGGCCACCCUUUCGAGCGUGGUUGGAAAACGAUCGAGUUUGCACCGCAGCCCGGUUCGUCCGGUUUGAAAACGUUAAAAAUUACCGACUAUUCCAACGUCACCGGUAAACGGGGCCGGCCGCAACGGUUCAUGGCGGAAAUGCUGUCGAUGGCGUCUGGAAGCAAUAAUCUGUUGCCAUACCAUCAUGGGGAAACCGUUUAUCAGCAGUUGCAACGGCUGAAUGGGUUGGCAAGCGGUGCCAGACUACAGCCCGAUGAAGUCGCCCGGCUACCUCUGGGGGCGGUCAGUUCUGCCCAGAGCAACAGCACACCGCGCAGCAUCGGUGGAGUGAUUGAACCUACGAAAAAGGUGCAAAAGUUUCUGGACGAUGGAUUGCGCGAGUUGAUCUACAAUGCAGGAGCUCCAAAUCCACACUACGCAAGGGACGGCGGAUCGACGGAUUUCAAAGUCGUGAAGGCGCGCUUCAACUCGUACAACAUCAUAUUCGACGAUAAUCGAUUCUUGCGCCGCAACAAGUCGGUUAGCGGCCUACCGAAAUGGUACUGGGCGUGCAGUGUCACGGGCUGUCCGGUGAAAAUUUGCAGCUACGCUGGCCGGUUGUUCAAAACGAACGAGCUGUCCCACACCCAUCCACCAACGGAACCGGAUGCGGACAUCAAGUACGAAACCAUCCAGCCCGAUCCGGUUGAGGCGGAACAGCUGCAGCGGCAGCUUUUGCAUCAACAGCAGCAACAGCACCAGAUGCAACAGCAGCGCCUUCUGCGGCAGCAGCAGCAGCAACAGUUGCUGCGCCAACGGCAGGUGGAACUUGCCCAGCGUCGUGUUGCGGCAGCAGCAGCAUUGAUGGCAGCCGCUGCAGCAAACGCUUCCCGAAGUGACCUGCAGGAGCCGGAGCAAAAACCGCACAUGGUGGACAACGGUCGGACCAUGGGUGAAUCAGUAGAUCCACGAAAAAGCUACGAACUGCGGAUGGCAAACGAUGGUUCGGAAAUGCUGCUGUACGCUGGGCACACCCACGGACUGAUUAUGACCCGUAAGGACGGCGUUAGGGUGUAUAAGUGUACGAGUGUGGUCGGUGGCGAAGAGGCGGCGGCAGAUCGACCAUGUACGGAUACGAUAUUCAUGCACGCGGACGGUCGCAUCGUGAAGGUGUGCAGGGAAGAACACGUAGACUACGACAUGGAGCUGUCCGGGGAUGUAGCGGAUCACGGAUCACGGCUCGGCGCUAGCAGCACGGUGGCCGAAGAGGACGACAAACGUCGCCGUCCGCAGAAGAUUAUCGUGUACGAGGGCUAUCGGUACAAGUACUGUCAUGCCCGACCCGAGGGUAGCUUCUACUGGCGGUGCGUACUGCGCCACGAUAAGGAUUGCCUGGCGUCCAUCCAAACGAAGCGUAAUCUCGAAUUUCUGAACGUGAAUGAUCAACCACACAAUCACGAUCCACCGGACCCGUCCGAACCGCACGAGAAUGCAAUGCUGUGCGAGAUUCGACUACCGGUCAAAGGGGAACCGGUGGAAGGGUCGACCGAUUUCAAGCUGGUAAAGAGUGGCCAGAAGCGGGAGUUCCUCAUCUACAAGGGCUAUCGGUACUACUUCCAGUACGAGUCGAAAAAUGGCCGCCGUUCGUACCGGUGCACGAUGUUUAAGAACUGUCCUGCCGGAGCCUUUUUGCUACCGAACAGUACGAUCCAAGAGGCGAAGAAUUUCAUACACACGCACCCACCGGUGGAGGAUAUGGACAAGUACAUCACGAAGGACAGUUUGAUCACGAGUCCGAUCAAGCAUCCAUCGGACGGUGCAGGAAUGAAUGGUGCCGCCAAGCGCCCGGCACUGGACGCAUCGGACUGGAAGCACGCACUAGUAGCAGCAGCGGGUGGUGGUAACAUUGGAGCAGGUGGAGUGGAACCGCUCAGCAAAGACCCGGAAGUAGCACGCCGGAAUGGAUAUCGCAUCAUCAAGAACUACAAGAACAAAGAGAUCAUGAUCUAUCUCGGGUGGCGUUACUUCGAAGACUACAAGAAGAAGAGUGGCGGACAGGUUUGGCGCUGUUCGUCGCACCGUUUGUGUCGCGGAUCGGUACACCUCUUCCCAGAUGGAUCGAUCAAUUUUGCCAAACUCGUCGAUCACAAUCACUCGCCGCCGAAGAAGAUUAUAAGCCAUUCGUCGGUAGAUGGUGGUGGCGGCUUUACGAAAGGCGUGCUCGACGGCAAUCAUCAGCAGCUGUCAAUAGUGGCCGAAGGUAAUGGCGAUUCGUUGUUGGGCGGUGGUGGGACAUACCAUCGCUACAUCACGCACCAGGGCCAUCGGUUCCGGUUUGCGACGCGAAAGCGCGAAGGAACGAUCUAUUGGCGGUGUGCGAUGCGCUUGGAAACCAAAUGUCCGGUUUCGUUCCACACGAAGGAGGACACGUACGAGCUGGUCAGUACGCGGAAUCACGAACACAACCAUCCCAUACCGACGGUGUGGCCGGAGGUGGCCGGUGGACAAAUUAAUGAACCGCUGCCGAAAGUACGCAUGCCGGCCGAGGAGAUCGGGACGUCGGAUUUCAUUCUGACGAAAAACUCCAAGGGACGCGAUCUGGUGCUUUAUCGGAACGGUCGCUUUUAUCUGGACUAUUCGCGCAAGGAUGGCAAAAUUGUUUUUCGCUGUUCCGCCGUGUCCGGGUGCCGGGCGACGGUACUAUUAUUGCCGAACAAAACGCUGCAGGUUGCAGACGACUUCAGUCACAACCAUCCCACGCUGGACGGAUGGGAUGGGGGAGAAACGACCGUGCUAGAUUGUAAACCGGCACCACCAGUCGGGGAACCAAUCGAGUUGAAGUCCGACGAAGAGGAAGAUGAUGAACCGGCGAGCGUUUCCGGGACGCAUCCAAGAGCGAGCGGUGAAACGAUGCUGCCGAAGAUCAUACUUUACGAUGGGUUUCAGUUCCGCUUCAUAUCGCGUCAUCCGACGGAGCGUAGUGCAUUCUUCCGUUGCUUUAACUUCGAUGCCAAGAAGAACCAGUGCCACGCAUCGCUCUACACCGACCUGAACGGGGUGGUCAUACAAACGAAUCAGCAACGGCACAAUCACGAACAGGGUGACUAUCUGAUGGGACCGGAUAAGUACCACCAGCGGCAGCACCAGCAAUCCGCACCAUCAACAGGCCAACAGAUGAACUCGAACGAGUUGAUCGGUACGCACGAUUACAAGAUAGUGAAGAAUUGGAAAAAUCGUGAUGUGCUAGUGUUUCAGAACUGUCGCUACUUCCUGCAUUAUGUGCGCAAGGACGGACGCAAAGUUUGGCGCUGUUCGGCAAUACGAAGUUGUCACGCCGCCGUAUAUCUGAAUGCCGACGGCACGGUCGAUCAGUUCCGCGGUCAACAUGUGCACGAAAUUCGUCCCGAAGGUGAACCACGGCGACGACGGCGCAGAAAAAAGAGUGAACUAAUGUUCCCGUACGGGGUGGGCUCGGGAGUGACCAUGUUCGGUAAUGGGAUGCUUGCAAACGCUGCCGAACUGAUGGGCCGUGGGGUCAGUAUUAAUGGAUCUUCGUCACUGAACGGUGGUAAUGCGAUUGGCAUUGCUGGGAACGGGGCGAUCAAUGGUGGUCCCCACAAUGGCAAUGGCAUGGGAUCGAACGAGUGGAUUGACUACAGUGACUAUGGUAUACAGAUGAGCGGUUCCUCGAACGAUACUGGAGUCAGUGGUGAGAGCGCAAACCAUCGUGCGAACGAAGAGAAUCAUUCGCUGUGGGAUCAAUUCCAUCCCGGUCCGGGUGUUACGGCGGGUGGUGGAGCGAAUGAGGGGGAAGGAUUCGACCUUAGCUACCAUUCGGUGUUUGGUAGUCAGGAAAGCUUUAACACGUAUGCCGUCCAUGCACUAGCACAGCAUCACCUACAGCAGCAGCAGCAGCAACAGCAACAGCAGCAGCAGCAGCGAUCAGUGGCCAAUCUACGCCAACAGUUGCACCAUCAGCAUCAACUGCUACUAAAUGGCGGCGGACAGUUGCAGCAACAACGUGCCUCCACCCGGCAGGACAGCAGCGAUCUGGAAGAGUACGACCUAUCCGGUCCUGCCAGCGGUGACGAACAUCCUUCCCUGGUCGACAUCACACCGGAGGUUAAGAUAGAAGGGGACGAUCUCUGAUCGCUGGCCGGCGGACGAUCGUUCGAGCUGAUGCCAGAAAUGUGAUGGACCGAAUUUCCAUGUUGCACAAAAGACAAACAAUUGUACACAAGUCUUUGUUAUACAGCACACAAAACGUAUACGUUAGGGCAAGUAAUGAUGAAAUAUUUUCUCGAUAUUCUCUCGCUAGAGGGGAAAGAUUGUUUCUUUUUGAAAAAGUCGGCCAUUUGUUAUAUUGUUAUGAUUAUGAACUGAAGCUACGUUUUUAUUCAUUCCUUGAGCGAAACCAGUCAAAAUUAGUUCUUACGCUAGCGAAGGCAAUAAUGAGUGAGGGAGAAACAAUCUUCUAGGAAGAAAUUUUUUAGUAUAGCUUUAGAAGGAACGUUAACAAAAUUGUUUAAAAAAUAAGUCUGCGGUUUGCUAAACGGUAGAAACUAAAAUUAAUGACAGCAUGGGUUCACAAACGACACUUCCACAUGUUUGGUCCAAUUGAUCAUUCAAUGCCAAUUCCAUAGUUUGUCAUGCCGGACUGUACGUUCAAAAUUAGUCUCGAAAUGCUUAAAGGUUAUUCAUCUCUCCUCCGAAAUACUUCUUCUCAUGCGACUGUCUAGACAAAAUGGAAAUGACUAGCUAGACGCUAGAAGCAACUUGAUGGUCUGAGGUGGUUUGACUAUGUUUUGAUUUCUAGCACCGUGGAAGGCCUUGAGCGAACUGGCUUCCCAAUAACCUGUUUGGUUGCAGAUAAAAACAAAAAUAUGUUAAAUGUUUAUGAACCGUCUGCUCGCAGUCUAGCAUAAAUUAAAGCUCUGCGUCAUGGUGUGGUUCAAGCCCCAAGGGAAAGCAAUGCUAUGCCUUCCUCCUCUGCCUGACUCCUCGUAGUGGGGCUGUCCGAAGAAAUUAGCAGGUGCGGAUGCGUGCACGACAAACAUUCAUUCGUAUUAUGAGGAUUGUUUUGUGCAGUCUUCUUUUAAUUUGUAUUAGCAUAGUAUAGAAUAAUGAAAUAUUAAAUUUAGUUAAACGUUGCAGGCAGAGAAACGGAAGUGAACCAUUUUGAUAAGAGUGAGCGAAGCGAAAAAAAAAAUAAUUAAAUGUAUUAGCGUAUUUUUGAAACGAAAAAAAAGACAAGAAAAGAAACACACAAACACAUUGCUGUGUAAUGCCAGUGAGACUAUUAGAACAAAUGAGUAUAGCACAAAACAAACCGAACUGAAAUGUUUCGGAAGCGACACGAUACUAGAAAAUUGUCUAUAAAAUUAAACAUUAAAAAAGAAAACAACAUGCUGCUGUAAGUUGUAUGCGAAUUUACGAUAUAGAUGAAAAUGUUUUUAUUCCCAUGGUUUAGAGAUUGUUGUAUUACGUUUUACGUGAACUGUGAGGAAAUUUUUGAAGAGAUUUCCGUUUUCCUAUCCACUGUAGUAUGAUCGAAAUGAGAAAAAUAAAAAAUGAGGCUAAGUACGCGGAAGCAUCCCCUUUUCGGAUGAAACAAUACUGUUAACACUGUAAAGUGAAACAUUUUCAACAUAAAAAAGAACAAAAGAACAAAACAUGCACGUACAGAAAAUUUCUGUUUUGUUAUGUUUCAGUUAAAAAAUGAUUUAAAGCUAAUAGCAAUUAUAUAAUACAAAUAGCACGCGUUACAAAAGAUUACAAACAAGUUGUGUUUUAUAUUAUGUUGGCGGAUUAUUUGGGUUGUUUUUUGUUUUCAAUCAGUUCAAACAAAAAGUUCACACAAUUGAACGGAAAUACAAGGAUGCAAGUAAAGAACGAGGCGACAUUUAGUAGUAGUGUAGUAAAGAAAAUUAUAGCAAAAAUAUAUUAUACGCAUACUGAAUAUACAGACAUAGAAUUGAGUUAAACAAUGAAUCCUCCUGGGAUGGGGAAACAUAAUAGAAAACCAUACGAGACCUAGUUAUACAACUCUUCCACAAACUUCACGUAGAAGCCUAAACAUACUCAAAAUGAACAAAUGUAUGUAUACUCAGAAACUCAUCACCACGCACUGAUAACGCAGGAAGGAAACCCGUUCAGUGGUCUAGUGACCAACCACUAGAGUUACAUUAGUACAGAAGCAUACAUUCGAUAGAUGAUAGAAUUUACAAGAGAGCGAUAGCAACGUUUUCCAAAAGUACUUGAAAAGUACACGGCAAUAGAGCAACAAAACACACAACUUAUAAAACACUUAGUGGAUAUAAAUGAUACAAUCUACCCUGGGGAGAGCAACGAAGGGCGAAAGAUGAUUGUUUGUGGAAAACCUCAUUAGUGGAAAACAGUAUGACAAACAACAAUAGUAGAAAAACGAAUACACCAACACAUGCAUAUUACGAUGGAAGGCAUGUAGCGUUCCACGUUGAAUGUGGUAGGAAGUUUUUUUCGUUGUUAUAACAAUAGUUAACUCUAAACCUAAAUGCACUCAAUGAAUGAUACGAUAGUAUAGCCAGAAAACAGUACACCAGACGGGAAAGCUAGUCCCGAUUAUCAAUCAAACACAACAACAAAUCAACAAACAACACUGAAUACGAAAGAGAAAUACUAAUAAAACGUAUUUAUUAUUAAACUGA